UCGAUCCGUUAUCCAGCCAAUCCAGAAUACUAUAAUAGAGAUCAGGCGCAGUUGUUGACGGCGUCGGAGUCUGAGCUUUAAAUUGCAACGAAAUGCCCCUGUACACGGAAGAAAACAGCGCUUUUCGGGUGCACAGCUCGUGCGAGGGCGUCAGGGACGACCUCAAGCGUUGCCUGUUGGCCACUGACUGCGUGAAGCUCGAUGGCCUGUCACCCAAAAAAUGCAUCCUGACAAGUCACCCCUCUGUGCCUCAGGAAUGCCACAACUUGAAGAACCUCUUGUUUGAGUGCAAGCGUUCACUGCUUGACAACAGGCAAAGGUUCAGGGGAAGAAAAGGCUACUAAAUGGGAGAUGGAUCCUAGCACUACAGCAUUUUUCGUACAAAACAUUAAACAGAUGUGCAGUCAGAA